AGUGGUAGGAACCACUUGAGUUGCCCAGAAGUGGAUGCCCUGUGACCCCUGUGAUUUGUGCCAGGGGCUGGGAGCGGUGGCAUCAGAGCCCUGGGACCAUGGUGGAGCUAACGUGUCUCCCCCCCCCUCCCCCCCCCCAGCUGCAGGCCUCUCUGUGAGGGACGGCAGGUGGCGGGAUGGAUGAGCAGAAGCCGCCCGGUGAGGACAAAGACUCUGAGGCGCCAGCCGACGGAGCCGCGUCCUCAGAGGAGCAGGGCAGUGUGGAGGGAGAUCCGCUGAAGCCCCCGGAAGUGGUGCCUGCUGCACAGGAGCCAGGGAGCACUGAGACAAAGCGGCCCCCGCAGCCCUGCAGCACCCUGCCCUGGCGCUGCGCCCUCUGCAACUGUGGGGACUGGAGCCGGCUGGGGCAGCGGGAGCUCCAGCGCUUCGAGCCAGGGCCCAACUGGACAGAGCAGCCACAGGGGCAGGAGGGCCCUGGCGAGGUCCCAGGCGCCGAGGACGACCUGUCCCAGAUUGGCUUCACAGAAGGGGUGACGCUGAGACAGAUCUCGGAGCCGACGGGGCACUGCUGGGUUCACCACUGGUGUGCAGCCUGGUCGGCGGGGGUGCAGCGGCAGGACGGAGCAGGGCUGAAUGAUGUGGACAAAGCUGUUUUCUCAGGGAUCUCACAGAAAUGUGAACGCUGUCAGAGGAUGGGUGCUACCCUUCAGUGCCACUCGGAGGGCUGUCUGCGGCGCUACCACUUCCCCUGUGCAGCUGCUAGCGGCUCUUUCCAGUCUAUGAAGACCCUCCGGCUCCUGUGCCCAGAACACCUAGCCGAGGCAGCCCAGAUGGAGGACUCGCGAUGCGUGGUGUGCGAUGGGCCAGGUGAGCUGCGCGACCUGCUGUUUUGCACCAGCUGUGGGCUGCACUACCACGGCACCUGCCUGGAGAUCACUGUCACGCCCCGCAAGCGCGCCGGCUGGCAGUGCCCCGAGUGUAAAGUUUGCCAAACCUGCAGGCAGCCCGGCGAAGACUCUAUGAUGCUGGUGUGCGAGGCCUGCGACAAGGGCUACCACACCUUCUGCAUGAAGCCUGCUAUCGAGAGCCUCCCCACCGACUCCUGGAAGUGCAAGAACUGCCGGGUGUGCUCAGACUGUGGGCAGCGGCCGGCGGCUCUCGACCCUGGGUGCCAGUGGUACGAGAACUACUCGGUGUGUGAGGGGUGCCAAGAGCAGCGGCGCCACAGCACGGAGGGCAGCCAGGCGGGUGAAGCCGAAGCCCCACCAUGCGACCAGCACUCACCGCCGCCCAUGGCCCGCAUCGACUCGGCGGGCUCCCCCGCACCCCCGUCCCCAGCGGGCCAUGACCCACCUGUGCCCUCACCCCUGCCGCAGGCCAGGAGCCCUGCAGCAGAGCCCCAGGACAAGCUGCCGGCCGCGGAUGAAGCCAAGCCGCUCGACCCAGACUCAAAGGCAGAGGAACCUGAGGAGCCCCCAGCCCUGGCCCCAGAGGCACCUGCCAAGGAGGAGGCGAUGGAGGUGGAACUGGAACCACCGCCCCCCACCGUGACCCCGGCGCCCUCGCCCCCAGCACCCCCAGACCUUGCUGCCGUGUCACCUGCUCACCCCGAGGAGCUGCCUCCAGAUGCCAAAGAAGAUGUGGCCCCUGAGCUGGCAGUGGAGGCCCACACCCCUGCCCCCACCCCUGCCUCCCCUGCCCCCGGGCUGGAGCCUGCGGGCAGCCCUUGCAUCUCUAUGGACAUGGAGCCUCCUGCUGCCUCCCCAGCCCCACCGCCCUCACCACCCACUGCUGAGCCACCCUCUGUGGCGCCCCUGCUGGGCUCCCCUGCCCCCCAACUGGCCCAUGGGGGAGCCCAGCGGGGCAGUGAGGAGGAGGAGAUGGAGACGGCCCCAGAGGCCAGGGCGCUGGCCAGCCCCUCGGGGGACGGAGCUCAGCCUAGCCCAGCCCCGGCGCUGGGGCCCUUCCCAGGCCUGGCAGAGGAAGAGGAGGAUGAGGAAGAGGAGGCGCCGAGGCUGGAGCGGGAGGGGGCCAGCGGGCGCUGCUCACCCCAGCUGAGCGAGGAGGAUGGGCUGGAGGAGCUGCGGGGUGUGGGGGACCCCGAGUCCAGCCAGACCCCUGUCAGCUUUGCCAGCGAGCCCAAGGGCUCACCCCUGCUGCUGGAGCCUGAGGAGCUGGGUCCAGCCACCCCCAUGGAGGUGUGCGGGGCAGGCACAAAACUGCUGGGUCGCGGUGAGGAGGGUGGCCCUGAGCCCCCAGCCCUGCAGCCCCGGCCAGCCCUCAUCAAGUCGGACAUUGUCAAUGAGAUUUCCAACCUGAGCCAGGGUGACACCAGCAGCAGCUUCCCUGGGUCAGAGCCCCUGCUGGGCUCACCUGACCCUGAGGGCGGGGGUUCACUCUCCAUGGAGCUGGGCAUGACGUCCACGGAUAUCAGCCUGCAGAAGGACGAUGCUGCUCUGCUACCCCUUGGCACCGACUCACUGCCUGAGACAGACGACUCACUGCUUUUUGAGCCAGCUUCCGGGGUGAAGGGUGAAGGUGAGAAGGGCCGGCGGCGCAGCUCCCCUGGGAGGUCCAGAAUCAAGCAGGGUCGGAGCAGCAGUUUCCCCGGGAGGAGGCGCCCCCGUGGUGGGUCCCAUGGGGGCCGCGGUCGUGGCCGUGCCCGGCUGAAGUCGACCACUUCGUCCAUCGAGACCCUUGCGCUGGCAGACGUGGACAGCUCCCCCAGCAAGGAGGAUGAUGAGGAGGACGAGGACACCAUGCAGAACACGGUUGUGCUCUUCUCCAACACGGACAAGUUCGUUCUCAUGCAGGACAUGUGCGUAGUGUGCGGCAGCUUUGGGCGUGGGGCUGAGGGGCACCUGCUGGCCUGUUCUCAGUGCUCCCAGUGCUACCAUCCCUACUGUGUCAACAGCAAGAUCACCAAAGUGAUGCUGCUGAAGGGUUGGCGUUGUGUGGAGUGUAUUGUAUGUGAGGUCUGUGGCAAGGCCUCAGACCCUUCACGCCUGCUGCUGUGCGACGACUGUGAUGUCAGCUACCACACUUACUGCCUGGACCCGCCGCUGCAGACCGUGCCUAAGGGCGGCUGGAAGUGCAAGUGGUGCGUGUGCUGUGUGCAGUGUGGGGCGGCCUCGCCUGGCUUCCACUGCGAAUGGCAGAACAACUACACGCACUGCGGCCCCUGUGCUAGCCUAGUCGCCUGCCCUGUCUGCCGGGAGAAAUACGUGGAAGACGACCUGCUCAUCCAGUGCCGCCACUGUGACCGGUGGCUCCAUGCCUCGUGUGACAACCUCUUCACGGAGGAGGAGGUGGAGCAGGCGGCAGAUGAGGGCUUCGACUGCAGCGCCUGCCAGCCCUACGUGGUCAAGCCCAUCGUGCCUGUGGCCCCCACAGAGAUCACCCCGGUGAAGAUGAAGGAGCCAGAGCCCCAGUACUUCCGCUUCGAGGGUGUCUGGCUGACCGAAACCGGCAUGGCCGUGCUCCGUAACUUGACCAUGUCCCCACUGCACAAGCGGAGGCAGCGCAAAACCAGGCCAGGGGCCCUCAACGGGGAGGGCAGCUUGGAAGGCAGUGACCCCCUGGGCCCCGAUGAGAAGAAGGAGGGGGACCUGGAAGGGGAUGAGCUGCUGAAGGCUGAAGUGGGCGUGGAGCACAUGGAGUGCGAGAUCAAGCUGGAAGCCUCUGCCAGCCCUGACCGGGAUGGUGGGGCUGACCUGGACUCGGGGAAGGGGCUGGAGGACCUCGAGGAGUGCAAGAAGAGGAAGCGGAAGCCAUACCGCCCUGGGAUCGGUGGCUUCAUGGUGCGGCAGCGCAAGUCUCACGCGCGUCCGAAGAAAGGCCCGGCUGUGCUGGCAGAGGCAGGGCGCGAGGGGCUGGGUGCUGAGGGACACCCUGAGGAUGGUAGGAGCUGCACACAGUGUCCAUGCCCUCCCCACUACCCUACUCUGUCUGUGAAGAAGAAGCGGCGGGGUAGGAAGAAGAGCAAACUGGAGGACAUGUUCCCUCCAUACCUGCAGGAAGCGUUCUUUGGCAAGGCACUCAUGGACAUGAGCCGGAAGGCCCUGCUGGCGGCUGGCGGCGUGGGUGACGGAGCCGUCCGCCCCUCCUUCGGCCAGGGCGCCCCCCGACCCAAGGUGGACCCCAGCGUGCCUGGGGCCCUCCAGGGCAUGCCCAGAGACCGGAAGGAGGCCCCCGCUCGCCUGAGAGGGGAUGACAGCAUGGAUGGCAGCACCAUGAUGGGCCAGGAGGAUGACUCGAAGGAUGCAGAGGCAAAAGCCGAGGACUUGGGGGCAGAGGAGCCAAAGGACUCGCCAGAUCCCGGGGAUGCUGAGAAGCCAGCGACGCCGGGUGAGGGCGCGCUCAGCUCCGACCUCGACAGGAUCCCCAUGGAAGAGCUGCCCAAGAUGGAGAGCAAGGAUGUGCAGCAGCUCUUCAAGGAUGUGUUGGGCUCUGCGGAGCGGGAGCAGCAGCUGAACUGCGUGGCGGCUGGGCUGGAGGCCGGUGUGGCGGGGCGAGACCCCAGCCGGACCCAGCUCCCGCAGAGGCCUCUCCUGCAGGGCGACUUGCAGCUGCCUGGACAGGGCGGUGUUUCUCUGGGAUCGAUCCCCUCUGCUGUCCCUAUGGAGACCUAUUCCGGAGUCUGCCAGUCCCCCUUCCUGGACAACAGGGAGAGAAGUGGCUUCUUCAGCCCAGAGCACUGUGAGCCAGAGAGUCCCUGGGCCAGCAGCUCUGCUGCCACCACUCCCUCCACACCCACGACGCCCACCACGGAGGGCGAGGGUGACGGGCUCUCCUACAACCAGCGCAGCCUGCAGCGCUGGGAGAAGGAUGAGGAGCUGGGCGAGCUCUCCACCAUCUCACCCGUGCUCUACGCCAACAUGAACUUCCCCAGCCUCAAGCAGGACUAUCCAGACUGGUCCAGCCGCUGCAAGCAGAUCAUGAAGCUGUGGAGGAAGGUGCCUGCCACGGACAAAGCGCCCUACUUGCAAAAGGCCAAAGAUAAUCGGGCGGCUCAUCGCAUCAACAAGGUGCAGAAGCAGGCUGAGAGCCAGAUCAACAAGCAAACCAAAGGGGAGGGCCUGCGCAAGCCUGAGAGGCCCUCGCUGCACCUGCGGAUCCCAAUGCAGCCGGGGGCGCUGCCCAGCUCUGCCCAGCCCCCUGGCACCAGUGGGCAGCCUGUUUACGUCAACAGUGCAGCCGGCCUGCUCCCCUCGGCCGACGGCUUCCUGAAGCAGCCCGCGGGCACUGGAGGGGGAGCCGAUUCGCCCAGUGAGCUCUUCCUCAAGCUCCCGCCCCAGUCCCCUGCCCAAGUGCCUUCCCACGACCCCUACACCAUGGCCUCCACAUACCCACUGGAGCCGCGCUUCUCCUCUCCCCUGGGCCAGAGCCCCACAGCAGGCUCUGGAUUCCAGCCCUUCCCACCCCAGCCCCCGCAGCAGCUCCUGCCCACACCCCGGCCGGCUCCUGGCCCCCAGCCCGAGUUCCACCCCACCUCACCCGGGACCCCCCGGCACCAGCCCUCCACCCCGGACACUUUCCUGAAGCCCCGGUGCCCCAGCGGCUCCCUGGAUAACCUCUCGGUGCCAGGCAGCCCUGGGGCCAGGCCCCCCGAGCCGCUGCUCUCGCCCCCGCCCUUUGGGGAGCAGAAGAAGGGCCUGGAGGCAGCAGGGCUGCAGGUCAAGAAGGAGGAAGGGGCUCUGGGCGUAUGCUCUCCCGGGUAUGCCCCAGCCCUGGCCUACGCCGACUCCCCGGCUGGUCCCCACCUCUCUGCAGAGCUCAAGGUGGCAGAUGUGUUCAAAGCUCCCCUGACCCCGCGGGUCCCUCAGGUAGAACCGCAGAGCCCAGGGCUGGUGCACCGGGCCCCGGACCCCCAGCCCUUAGUCCCCUCACCCCCCAGCCACCCUGACCUCUACAGACAGUCGCCCUCUGUGCCCUGCUACUCGGACCCCUAUGCCCAGCCCCCCCUGACACCCCGGCCGCAGCCCCCCGAUAGCUGUUGUGCCCUCCCACCCCGCUCCCUGCCCUCUGAGCCCUUCUCCCGGGUCCCCGCCAGCCCCCAGUCCCAGUCCAGCUCCCAGUCACCCCUCACACCCCGGCCACUGUCCACCGAGGCCUUCUGCCAGUCACCCGUCACCCCCCGCUUCCAGUCGCCUGACCCCUACUCCCGGCCCCCAUCCCGCCCCCAGUCCCGGGACCCCUUCGCUCCUCUACACAAACCCCCCCGGCCCCAGAUGCCGGAUUCCAGCUACAAGACAGUACCAAUCUCGCACAGCGCUCCAGCUGGAGGGGGCUUCCCCCCGGCACAGCCCGAGCCCCACGCCAAGGUGCCAGGGAGCCAACAGCCCCCCUUCAUCCGCUCGCCCGGUGCCAGUGUCUUCCCUGGUGCCCAGGCCCAGAUGCGCUUCACCUUCCCACCCUCGGUCGCAGAGCCGCUUAAGGGCUCCCCCUCCCACCAGCCUCAUGGGAUGAACAGCCAUUUUGCCCCGAGCCAGGCCCUGGGCAAGCCCCAGAGCACCAGCUAUGCCUCCUCGCCCAGCUUCCACCAGGCCGGCAGCCCCCUGGGGCCAGGCAGCACCACCCCUGAGACCUACAGCCUCUCCCCGCUGCGGCCCCCAUCGGUGCUCCCCCAGCAGGCCCCGCAGCAGCAGGAUGUCAGCCUGGGCUACCUGCCUCGACCGGGCCUGGUGCCAUCCACCGACAAGAGGGAGGAGGUUGUGGCAGGCAUCACGGUGCCCCCCAGCCGGGAGCUGCCGGAGCUGCCCAUCAGCCAGGAGGGUGCUAUCAACAGCAUGAGCCAGUCGGAGCUGGAGAAACAGCGGCAGCGGCAGAGACUCCGCGAGCUGCUCAUCCGCCAGCAAAUCCAGAGGAACAACCUGCGACAGGAGAAAGAGAGUGCGGCUGCCGCAGCUGGCUCCACCCCGGCAGCCUGGGGCCCGGACACCAGCUCCCAGGCCUUUGAGCAGCUCAGCCGGGGCAUGGCACCGUACCAGCCCGUGCAGGACAAGAGCAUCCUGGGGAGCCUGCCCACAGUGCCUGGUGGCACCAAGCUGUCCAGCCCAGCCCUGGUGCCGGCCACCUACGCCCAGGAUGAGCGCCUGGCCCGGCCGCCCCCGUCAGCCACGCCCUCUGCCAUGGACAUCAACGGCAGGACGGCAGUGGGACCCACGCAGACAUUCUACCCCCGUGCUGUGUUCCCGGGUCCCACGCAGCAGCAGCAGCAGCAGCAGCAGCAGCAGCAGAUAUGGCAGCAGCAGCAGGCAGCCGCAGCCCUACGGCUACCUGUGCCCACCCGCUUCCAGCAACCGCCAGGCCACGAGCUCGGGCGGCCGGCGCUGGGCCCCCCUGUGAGCGGGCUGGCCGCACGCAUGCCGGGCCCUGCUGAGCCACUUCCUGCCUCACCCGGUGCCAUCGGGCCCCAGUUCAUUGAGCUGCGUCACAAUGUGCAGAAAGCGGCUCCUGGGGCUGUGGGGCCACCCUUUGCCCAGCAGGGCCCUCCUGCAAGGCCCCGUUUCUUCCUGCCUGGUGACGAGACCUCCGGCCCAGCUGCUCGCACCUCCAUCCUGCCCAUGCAGCCAGCAGUGCUGGGCGGCCCAGUCUUGCAACCCCAGAAGAUGCCGGUGCCUUUGCCGCCCUCUUCUGCAUCCUCACAGGGGGCUGAGAUGAGCAACAGCCACCACCCGCCUCUCACCAAAGGCCCCUCACUGCCCCUGCCCUCGGGUAGCCUGGAGCUGCCACAUGUACCCCCUCGCCCGCUGUCGUCUACUGGCGCUGGACCACGCCCUGAGGGCCCCAAGGAUGAUGCUGCGGCGCCCGCUCCAGGUUCGGCUUCAGCUUCCAGCAGGAGCCAACUGGGGCUGGAGAGUGGGCGGCUGCCGUGCGACGUCCCAGUGGAGCCUGACCUGGAUGACGACUUUGACUCCCACAAGGACCUAGAGGAUGACGACUUGGCCAACCUGAGCCUGGACCCCGAUGUGGCCAAGGGUGAUGAUGACUUAGAUAGCCUGGAGGCCAAUGACCCGCACCUAGAUGACCUGCUGAACGGGGAUGAGUUUGACUUGCUGGCCUACACUGACCCUGAGCUGGACAACGGUGACAAGAAGGACAUCUUCAAUGAGCAUCUGCGCCUGGUGGAGUCAGCCAAUGAGAAGGCCGAGCGCGAGGCCUUGCUCAAGACAGAGCCACCCACGCCUGGCCCGAGGGUCCCCAAUGCUGGGGAGCGCAAGGAGGUUGCACCGCCUGGGGGGGAAAGGGUGGUGGUCAAGGAGGGGCCAGCUCCAGGCAUGGGGUUGUCUUCUGUCUCCUGCCCCUCUGGGCCCGUGCCAGCCCCUGACCCCGCCUUCAAGGCACAGGGCAGUGUCCUGGAGGCCAAGAUGGGCCCACUGCCAGCAGACAUCAAGCCCAAGCUGGAGGAAGGCUGCUUGAAGACAUCGCCCUGCCAAUUCACUACCAGCGGCCCUGACCGGCCCCCGGGCCCCAUCAAGGCCGAGGCUCUCCAGGGAGCUGAGAGAGUGGCUGCUACCCUCGGGUUGAACCUCAAGCCAGGCCAGGCCCUCCUGAGUCAGGGUUCAGGGCCAGCGCGGCUCAGCAUGGGCCAUUUCCCUGACAAUGGCCACCCUGCUGCCCCUGGCUCGGACAAGGACCCCUAUGCCAGCCCUGGGCGUGGGCUGGCACCUGGCCAGGUAGCCGCACCAGGCAGCACCUUGCUGGAGAAAUUUGAGUUGGACAGAGGUGCCUUGGGCUUGGCCAACACCCAGCACUUGCCAGGUGAUGAUCUGGACAAAAUGGAGAGUUCCCUGGUGGCCAGUGAGCUGCCACUGCUCAUUGAGGACCUGCUGGAGCAUGAGAAGAAGGAGCUGCAGAAGAAGCAGCAACUGUCAGCCCAGCUGCCCAGCAGCACUGCACCUCUGCAGCCCUCGCACACCAUGCUUCCAGCCCAGCCCCAACCCCAACCCCAGUCUCAGCCCCACGAAACGCAGGCUCCCCGCCUGGUGGGGCCACAGAUGCAGCUGGGCCUGGUCUCACGGCAACAGGGCCUGGUGGCCCCCCAGCAGCUGAUGACGCAGCAGCGCCUGGCAGGGGCCUCACAGGGCCAGGGCCUGGGCACCCACAUGGCACUGGCGCAGCCCCCGCCUCAUGCGCUCGUGGCCCCCUCUGCAGUCCCUGCAGCCCUGGCCCAGCAGAAGCAGCUGGCUGGGGUGCAGCCCUCCAGCCUGGGCUUGAAGCCACAGCAGCUCGUCCUGCAGCAGCAGCAACUGGCCAACAGCUUCUUCCCCGACACAGACCUAGAUAAGUUUGCAGCUGAGGACAUCAUGGACCCCAUUGCCAAGGCAAAGAUGGUGGCGCUGAAGGGCAUCAAGAAGGUGAUGGCACAGGGCAGCAUUGGCGUGGCCCCCGGCAUGAACAGACAACAGGUGUCACUGCUGGCCCAGCGGCUGUCAGGAGCCCCGGCCACGGCCGAGAUGCAGAACCAUAUCCUGGCUGGGAGUGGGCAGGAGCGGAGCAGCAGCGACCCAGCCCAGGCUCGCCCCAACCCCCCGACCUUUGCUCAGGGCGUUAUCAAUGAGGCCGACCAGCGGCAGUACGAGGAGUGGCUCUUCCACACACAGCAGCUGCUGCAGAUGCAACUCAAGGUGCUGGAGGAGCAGAUUGGCGUCCACCGCAAGUCCCGCAAGGCGUUGUGCGCCAAACAGCGCACCGCCAAGAAGGCCGGGCGGGAGUUUCCUGAGGCUGAUGCUGAGAAGCUCAAACUAGUCACGGAGCAGCAAAGCAAGAUACAGAAGCAGCUGGACCAGGUCCGCAAGCAGCAGAAGGAGCACACCAACCUGAUGGCUGAGUACCGCAACAAGCAGCAGCAGCACCAGCAGAGCUCGGCCGUGCUGGCCCUCAGCCCCUCACAGAGCCCGCGCCUCAUGGCCAAGCUCCCUGGGCAGCUGCUGCCAGCACAUGGUGUCCAACCAUCCCUGUCCCAACCAGGAGCCACCAUGGUGGGCGCCCCAGGCCUGGGCCAACCCCCAGGACAGCUGGUGGGGCAGACGGCUGGCCUGCGCCCUCCCCAAGGCAGCAGCGGAGUCCCUAUGGCGGUCCAGCAAGGCCUGUCGUUCAUGGGCCAGCAGCAGCUGGGGAACGCGGCCGUGCCCGGGACCUCCAACAGCUUCUUCGCCGGCAGCCCCACGCUGCGGGGGCUGGGUGCUGACAGCCGCCUCCUGCAAGAGCGGCAGCUGCAGCGGAUGCAGCUGGCCCAGAAGCUGCAGCAGCAGCAGCAGCAAAGCAUCCUGGGACAGGUCUCCUUGCAGCAGCAGCAGCAGCAGCAGCAGAACAUCCUGGGCCAGGUCUCCCUGCAGCAGCAAGGCAUUGUGGGCCAAACUGGCUUGAUGGGCCAGGCGCAGCCGCCACCUCCACCACCCACCCCACAGCCAGGCCCGGGGGGCCAGACUAUGGUCCCAAAGCAGCAAGGAUUGAUGGGAAACCAGCAGGGCAUCCUGGUGCAGCAGCUCUCCCCGCAGCAGCCACCGCAACCAGGCCUGCAGGGGCACCCCUCAGCGCCCACGCUGCAGCACCAGGGGAUGAGCCACCAGCCGCGCCAGCUGCUGCUGGCCCCCCACCAGCAGAGGGUGCUGGGGUCGCCCCAGCUCGGGCAGCAGGCGCCUGGCCUCCUGGGGCACCGCCUCAUCCUGUCCCAGCAGCAGCAGCAGCAGCAGCAGGUUGGGCUCCUGGGGCCGGCACGGACACUGCUGACUCCGCAGCAGCAGAACUCUCUAGGACAGCACCAGGCCCUGCAGGGCCAGGGCCAGGGCCAGGGCCAGGCUGGCCUGCAGCAGAUGCAGCACUUUGCGCAGCACGGGGCUCUGGGCCAGGCCCCCUCCGUGCUACACUUGAGUCAGGGAAUGCAGCCGAGCCUGGCCGCCAAGGAGCAGCCGGGAGGACCCGAAGGCACUGCACUGCCUGCCGAGGGCACCGAGCCAGCGGGGCAGGGGCCACCGGGUGGCCAGGACCUGGGUGGACAGCUGCACACCAGCCCCCCAGAGCCGCCGGGCAGCCAGGAGCAGCCGACCCAGCUUGUGCUGCAGCCCCCAGCAGAGCAGCUGCAGAAGCACCCACCGGAGCUGGGGCAGCCGCCACCACUGCGCAUGCCAGGAGUGCCACAGUCCGGUGCCCUGCUGCACCAGCCCCUGCCCAGCGACCCGACAGCAGGAGCUGCCAGGCAGGACCCACCACAGCUGCACGCGGAUCCCAGCCCAGGGCCACCCCAGCCGGGCUUGCCAGCAUCGGAGCCACCGCAGAGCUGUGCCAUGAGCCAGGCGCAAAGCAUCAUGGUGCAGCAGCAGCAGCGGAUUGUGGGGCACCCUCAGCUGCCCUCGCGGCUGCAGAGCACGGUGGGACCACCCCGGCCUGGGCUGCAGCAGCAGGGCCUGCUGCUCCCACCAGCAGCCCAUGCGCAGAGCCUGCUGGGCCAGGUGCCGGGGCCGGUGCUGGGGCAGAUCCGGGCACAGCUGCAGGGUGUGCUGGCCAAGAACCCACAGCUGCGGCACCUCACACCGCAGCAGCAGCAGCAGCUGCAAGCCCUGCUUGUGCAGCGCCACCAACAGAGCCUGCUGCAGCACAGCCAGGCGCUGCGCCAGGCCGGCCCCUUCCCAGGGCAGGAAUCUGGGCAGCCGGGCACGGCUCCCCAUGCCCCUUCGCCCGCGCCACCCCGCCAGCUGGGCACCCUUUUCCAGGUGCGCUCAGCUGGCCCAGCCCCCGAGCCAGGGCUCGGCAUGGAGCGGGUGUCUGCAGGGGCCCCCCAACCACAGCCACUGGCAGAGUUGGUACAUGGCGGUCGCAGCCCACAGCCAGCCAUGCUACGACUGUCCACCACACCAGCACCCCCCACCAUCCAGUCGCCCCUGAGCGUGCUCAGCCUGGGCCCCGCACCACCGCAGCACCCUGUGCCCAGCCUGGAACAGGGCGCCCAAGAGCCAAAGAAAGCCUCCCCUCCCCUCCUGGCACAGACCCCUGCAGCCCUGCCGGAGCAGCGGCCAACACCCCCCCACAGUGGGCUCCUGCCUGAGCCACCCAAGCCUGACCCCUCUCCUGCUCCCCCCAAGCCAACCUCCAGCCAGAGCAGGGAGGAGCCCUUCCCAGUGCCCCCUAGCCCUUGGGAUCCCACGGCGCAGGGGCCCAUUGCUCCUCCUGGCAUGGAGCCCGCAAAGGCACGCCUGCCCAUGGUCCCCAUCAAUGGGCAGGCAGCUGAAGUGCCCCGCACAGGGACGUUGCUAUCUGAAGCUGGGGGGCCACUGGCGAUGCCCCCCGGUGUGUGCAUCAAGCAGGAGCCCAAGGAGGAGGGAGUGCCGUGCGAGCUGGUUGCGGAGCAGCUCCUGAAGCCUGAGGCCCACAGGGAGCAGCCAGCAGCACCCACCCCAGCCAACCACCACCUGCUGGGCAGCCAGCUGCUGGCGGGUGCCCGCACAGAGGCUGGGCACCUGCUGUUGCAGAAGCUGCUGCGGGCCAAGAACGUGCAGCUGGUAUCACAGCGCACUGCCGAGGGGCUGCACCCCGAGCUCAACGGGCAUGCCGAUGGCAAGCUGGCCGCACUAGAGCACAGGCUGCAGGCUGUGGCCCCAGGCAGGGAGGACCCAUCUGCUGCCAAGAAGCUGCUGGCCCCAAAGCCCAAGCGGGUGCAGAAGGGCAAUGAGCGGGUCCCCGCCUCCCGCAAGAAGCUGCGUAAGGAUGACGGCCUGAAGCCCAGUGAGGCCCUCAUGAAGCAACUGAAGCAGGAGCUCUCCCUUCUGCCCCUGAUGGAGCCGACCAUCACGGCCAACUUCAGCCUCUUCCCGCCCUUUGGCAGCAGCCCCAUCAAUGGCCGGAGCCCACUCAAGGGUGCCUUCGGCAGCGCCGUUCUGGAAAGCGUCCCCGACUACUACUCUCAGCUACUCUCCAAGAACAACCUGAGCAACCCGCCGACGCCGCCCUCAUCGCUGCCCCCCACCCCGCCCCCUUCGGUGCAGCAGAAGAUGGUGAAUGGUGUCACCUCCGGCGAGGAGUUGCCUGAGCAGCCCAAGGACCCAGCCCCGGCCCGUGAGCCCGAGGGCCACAAGGAUGCUCCCGCUGUGGAAGUGAAGAGCUUGGACCUGCUGGCGGCCCUACCCACACCCCCACACAACCAGACUGAGGAUGUCCGGAUGGAGAGCGAUGAGGAGAGUGACUCCCCCGACAGCAUCGUGCCUGCCUCGUCCCCGGAGAGCAUCCUUGGGGAGGAUGUGCCCCGCUUUCCCCUGCUGAUGGAGAUGCGGCCGGAGCUGGAGGAGCGCGUGCUGUCCCCCGUCAUCCCCAUCAUUCCCAGGGCCAGCAUCCCAGCCUUCCCAGACACCAAGCCCUACGAAGCACCGGAGCCCUUCGGGGAGCGCUCUGCGAAGGCCCCACUGACACAGGGCGUCCCCUGGGAGAAGGGCAAGGGCAGCGAGGUCUCCGUCAUGCUGACUGUCUCUGCUGCGGCCGCCAAGAACCUAAACAGCGUCAUGGUGGCCAUGGCCGAGCUGCUGAGCAUGAAGAUCCCCAACUCCUAUGAGGUGCUGUUCUCUGAAAGCCCUAUGCGGGCUGCUGGGCCUGAGGCCAAGAAGGUGGAGACUGAUGGAGCUGGCACUGACAAGCCCGGGAAGCCGCCUGAUGGCAAUGCGGAGUGGCUGAAGCAGUUUGACGCCGUGCUGCCAGGCUACAGCCUCAAGAGUGAGCUGGACAUCCUGACACUUCUCAAACAGGAGAGCCCGGUGGUGGAGAAGGCGGCGCAGCACUGCUACAUCCACAACGUGUCCAACCUGGAUGUGCGGCAGUUGUCACUGCCACCUGAGGAACCCUCGCCCCCGCUUUCCCCCUUCGCCCCAUCACCCUCCAGCCCUGCUGAAACCGCCUGCAUCCCAGCUGGCGAGGCUGCCCCUGAGGCAGCACCAGUGCCCUCCACGCCAUCCCCACCUGCCCCCUCCCCAGCCCCCAAGGAGGAGGGGUCGCGCUCACCAUCCCGGGCCAAGCCACGUGCACGGCCCCCAGAGGAUGGUGGUGGGGAUGAGGCGCGGCCGCGGCUGAAAAAGUGGAAGGGGGUGCGGUGGAAGCGCCUGCGGUUCCUGCUCACCAUCCAGAAAGGUGGGGCCAAGCGAGACGGUGACCGGGAGAUCGCUGAGUUUGUGGAGAAGCUGGGCUCGGCUUUGCGGCCGGAGAAGGUGCCGCGGGACCUGCGGCGCUGCUGCUUCUGCCAUGAGGAGGGUGAUGGUGCCACGGACGGCCCCGCCCGCCUCCUCAACCUGGACCUGGACCUCUGGGUGCACCUGAAUUGCGCCCUGUGGUCCACAGAGGUGUACGAGACGCAGGGCGGGGCCCUCAUCAAUGUGGAGGUGGCGCUGCACCGGGGGCUGCUGACCAAGUGCUCCCUGUGCCAAAAGAUGGGUGCCACCAACAGCUGCAACCGCCUGCGCUGCCCCAGCGUCUACCACUUUGCCUGCGCCAUCCGCGCCAAGUGCAUGUUCUUCAAAGACAAGACCAUGCUGUGCCCCCUGCACAAGCCCAAGGGCCCCUGCGACCAGGAGCUGAGCUCUUUCGCCGUCUUCCGGCGCGUCUACAUCGAGCGCGAUGAGGUCAAGCAGAUUGCCAGCAUCAUCCAGCGGGGCGAGCGCCUGCACAUGUUCCGCGUGGGCGGCCUGGUCUUCCACGCCAUCGGCCAGCUGCUGCCCCACCAGAUGGCCGACUUCCACAGUGUCACGGCCCUCUACCCCGUGGGCUAUGAGGCCACGCGCAUCUACUGGAGCCUGCGCACCAACAACCGGCGCUGCUGCUACCGCUGCACCAUCUGCGAGAACAACGGGCGCCCCGAGUUUGUGGUGCAGGUCAUUGAGCAGGGGCUAGAGGACCUGGUUUUCACUGACUCCUCGCCCCAGGCUGUGUGGAACCGCAUCAUUGAGCCGGUGGCCAUGAUGAGGAAGGAUGCCGACAUGCUGCGGCUGUUCCCCGAGUACCUGAAGGGGGAAGAGCUCUUCGGCCUCACGGUGCACGCUGUACUGCGCAUCGCCGAGUCUCUGCCUGGUGUCGAGAGCUGCACGAACUACCUGUUCCGCUAUGGGCGCCAUCCGCUAAUGGAGCUGCCACUCAUGAUCAACCCCACUGGCUGCGCCCGGGCUGAGCCCAAGAUCCUCACCCACUACAAGCGGCCCCACACCCUGAACAGCACGAGCAUGUCCAAGGCCUACCAGAGCACCUUCACGGGCGAGACCAACACGCCCUACAGCAAGCAGUUCGUGCACUCCAAAUCCUCACAAUAUCGGCGCCUCAAGACCGAGUGGAAGAACAACGUUUAUCUGGCGCGCUCCCGCAUUCAGGGGCUGGGGCUGUACGCAGCUAAGGACAUUGAGAAACACACCAUGGUCAUCGAGUACAUCGGCACCAUCAUACGCAAUGAGGUGGCAAACCGGCGCGAGAAGAUCUAUGAAGAGCAGAACCGAGGGAUCUACAUGUUCCGCAUCAACAACGAGCACGUCAUCGAUGCCACGCUGACGGGGGGCCCAGCCAGGUACAUCAAUCACUCAUGCGCCCCAAACUGUGUGGCUGAGGUGGUGACCUUUGACAAGGAAGAUAAGAUCAUCAUCAUCUCCAGCCGCCGCAUCCCCAAAGGGGAAGAGCUGACCUACGACUACCAGUUCGACUUCGAGGAUGAUCAGCACAAGAUCCCCUGCCACUGCGGAGCCUGGAACUGCCGGAAGUGGAUGAACUAGCCCCUGCGGGUGCGGGCUCAGGUGUGCGCACGCCACCCCGGCCCAGCGGAGACUCCGCAGAGGCCUUCAGCCAGGCCUGGCGUGGGGGAAGGGGCCUGGGCAGCAGGAGCGGUGGUGGCAGGACAGGACAGGACGCCCCAGCUGGGCCCCGGAGUCGGCUGGAUGCAGGUGGGAUGUCUGGGGCUGGGCUGGGCCAGUACCAAAGGCAAGGUGGUUCCAGGCCUCGCUCGCACAUAUCGGACACUGCCUGCCUACCUUGUGGGGGGGCGGCAGUGCCCCCGCCCCCACGCUGACCUGCCUGCCGGCAGCAGGACUAAUGAACUGGCAACUCAGGGUUUUCUUUGUUUUGUUUUGCGGGGGGGGCGCCGGCCCCGCCGCCGGCCGCGUCUCAGCCCCCUCGCUCGCCCAAGCACCUGGCCAGGGCUCCGGAGGGGUCCCGGGGUGGGACGGGACAGGGGCAGCCCCUGCCCCCUGCGCCGGAGCCGGGCGGGUCAGACCCAGCGCCGGGCGGCCGUGGCCUCCUUUUUAGAAACAGAACUAAUCCGAUUCGCUCGCUAAUUUACCAAGGUAACAAAGAGACUCCUUGAGCUUGACAAUCCCGAAUCCGAGCCCGGCGCCGCUGGGGCCCGGUGAGAGACAGAGUUUGUGUGGGUUUAUUUUUCUCGUUGUUGUGGGGACGGAAGCACCGCAAGGGCGUGAAGGAGGCGCCGCCCGCACGGAGCGGAGCUGGGAUGAGGCAUGUGCGGACCCCCCCUUCCCCCCCCCCCCAAACGGACGCCAGGAGCAUCUGCACCCGAACCUACCUCAUUUUAAGUGUUAGAUUUUGCUGUGUGAAAUGUGAGCCCCACCCUGGUCCCAUGGCCCCCGGCUCCCAAGCCCUCCCUCCGUGACUGACUGCGCAGGCCCACUUAGGGAGGGGACUAGAGCAGCACUGGGCAGAGCCUGGGGCCUUUCCCUUCCCUCUGGUCCCUCCCUGCCCCAGGACCCAGCCCCCAGCCCCGUGGACUG